CCGGGCCCUGUCCCGCCCCGCUGAGGGACAGAGGGGCAGACUGUGCCCAUGGGGCACCGACUGGCCGGUGCUGAAGGCGGGAGAUGCCAGUAGGAGGAGGACUGCUGUGUGGGGCCAGUGGCCUGGCCCUGCUGCUGGCCGCCGUGGCCACCCGAGCCUGGCUGCAGCGCCGGCUGCCCACGGGCACUGCCAGCCUGGGGCUGUGGCACGCCUGCCUCGGGGGGCACUGCCACCCCCAUCCCAGCACGCCAGCCUUUUGGGAGGCCACACGGGUGCUGAUGCUGCUCUCGGUGCUCACCGCUGCCGCUGGCAUCGCCCUGGGGGUCUCUGUUGCAACCAGUGCUGCCCGGAGGGCACGGGCCCGUGUGGCUGGUGGCACCCUGCUCCUGGCUGGUCUACUGGCGCUGCUGGGGCUGGCUGUGUACACGGCUGCCACACUGAGCCUCCUGGGGCCAGCCCGUGCUGCCUGGAGCUUCUCCUGGUCCUACAUCCUGGGCUGGGUCGCUGUGGUCCUCACUGGCUCGGCAGGGCUUUUCCACCUCUGUGCCGCUGCCAAGGAUCUGUCUCCGGAGAGCUCCGAAGUGACGGGUGCCUGAGGGGCCGCAGGCGCCUCGGGGAGGGCCGGAUCCUGCCCUCGCUCCCACGUUCCUCCCUCCAGGAGCCGAAUGGGGGCUGCAGGGGCCGCGGGCGCUGCUGUGCUGAGUUGUGCCCGGCCUCUGCAGGGCUGAGAUCCCCUUUCUCUCCUCCCCCCUCGCCUCCGCCCCUGUUUUACCCCUUUCGCCCCCCUUGCAGUGCCAAUAAA